AUGGAGAAUCAAACAGAUGCUGUGAGUGUUGUCAGUCACAAGUCAGCGCGGAGCAGAACAAGUAGAUCUUCUCGAGCAAGCAGUAGGAGUGAUCACCUUAUUCUACGUCGCCAGGAAGCUGCCAUUAAAGCAAGUUCGGCAUUCGAUGAAGAAGAGGCUAAGCUGGAGUUGACACUUCGAAAUUUAAGGACACAAAGAAAGCUAGCUUGUCUUCAAGCCGAACAAGCUGUUCUGGAGGAGAACGCCGAGUCUGAGUUUUCUCAUGGACCCGAAGACAACCACGAUCUCAAAGACAUUAAAGAGGAAAACAAAGCAGAAAGGAUUUCACGUUUUCUUAAUCACCAGGGAGAGGAGGAAACUCCAGUCGUUACACACCUAGAAUUGGGACAGUCGUCCACAACCGUGAGUAAUUCAUCUGACGAUAUUCACAAGAUUGUCUCCUCACUUGAAAAACUAGCACAGUCAUCUCUUGAACAAGGUGUGUUAAAUCGUCAUAUGUUGAUUCAAGCCCAGUUACCAAAAGUCAAUGUUCCUUUGUUUUCUGGAGACCCACUUAGCUACCCUCUGUGGAAAAAUUCGUUCGACUCAACCGUACAUAUGAAACCACUUGAUGAUGGAGCCAAAUUGAAUUUGCUUCACAGCUGUGUCGCCGGGAAGCCGAAAGAAAUUGUGCAGCACUUUGUUUUGAUUGGCUCCCUGGAUGCGUAUGAACAAGCUCGAGAGACUCUAUCUAGACGGUACGGCGACCCGACGGUUGUAAGCUCAGCCUUCACUUCUAAGCUAAAUUCGUGGGGACGCAUCAACAGCCGUGACGCAACCGGACUUCAAGAUUUCUCAGACUGCUUGGCAAAGGUCGUUGCUGCAAAGAAGUCAAUAAAGAGCCUGGGGAUUUUGGAUUUUCCUCAAGAAAAUUCAAAACUCGUCGAAAAGCUCCCCUCAUACCUCGAAAGCAAGUGGAGGGAUGAAAUCGAUCGCUACAAGGAAAAACACGGGAGACAGGAAUACCCUCCUUUCAUCGCCUUCGCUGAUUUUGUGAGGAGAGCGGCGGACAAAGCCAAUAUCCCAGAGCUCAGUGCUUCUGUGCGGGAGCAGAUAAAGCCAGUCAACCCGAAGCCAAGCGGGAAGCAUGCUCGAACUUUCGCCACUGAAGGGAAACCUUUCAAACCUUCAGGCAAGCCAUCCAAGGACAAGACCUGUCCAUAUUGUCAAGAUAAUCAUCUCAUCGAAGAAUGCUCCAAGUUUAAAAAUAUCACCCUCGAAGAGCGACGGACAUUCUUCUUCGAGAAGAAGUUGUGCUUUGGAUGUGGGCUGCACAGCAACCACCGGAGCAAGCAGUGUAAAGCCAGGCGGUCUUGUACUGUUUGCGAAGGAAGGCAUCUAUCCUGCUUCCACUCGUGGCAGAAACAGCCAGUCAAGCAGGAAGAAGCAACCGCAAACUGCACAUCGGUUUGCAGUCUCCAAGAAAUUCAAGGUAAAGACCACUCGAUGAUUGUUCCUGUGUGGGUGAGGAGUGUCAAUAACCCAUCCAAAUCAUUCUUAGAGUAUGCGAUAUUGGACGAACAAUCUAAUGUCAGCUUUAUAUCACGCAAACUCUACAAUAAGCUAAACCUCCAAGGCCAAAAAACCAACCUAAAGCUGACUACGCUGCAUGAUACUUCGAUGAUUGAUACUUUCAAGGUGCAGGACUUGGAGUUGCAAGACCACAAAAGGCAAAACAUCGUUCGCCUACCAGCUGCCUUUACCAGGGAUGACAUUCCUGCCACAAGGUCUCAAAUUCCAAAGACUCAGAUCGCUGAAAGAUGGCCUCACCUCAUCCGCGUGGCAGAAGAGAUGAUGCCAUAUGACCAGACUGUCGAAGUUUCUCUUCUCAUCGGAACAGACUGCCCAAGUGCAAUUCGACCUCGAGAAAUCAUCGCUGGAGGAGAAGCGGAACCUUAUGGGCAGAAAUCUCUACUUGGUUGGGGAGUCGUCGGAAGAAUCUGCAAGGAUCCAAUCGAAUCAAGUUCAGCUAGCUGUCACAAAAUAGCUGCUGAAUUGUACCAGAACCUCGCAUUCCCAACCAAGGCCAAGGAACUUCUCAUCGAAGACAAGGUGAUUAAAGCUCUGGAGACUGACUUCAAACAUGACAACUCGAAAGAACCAAUGUCAAUUGAAGACCAUAGAUUCCUUCAUCUCCUUGAGGAGGGAAUAGUGAAGAGACAGGAUGGGCACUAUGAAAUGCCACUUCCACUAAAGACAGAUAAUGUAAGCCUUCCAUCAAACCGACAAGUAGCUGAAAAACGAUGGAGACAGCUCACAGCUCGUUUCAAGAAAAAUCCUCAGUUCCUGAACGACUAUCGAGCCUUCAUGGAUGAAGUUAUCAAGACCUGCGCAGAGAGGGCACCAGUUCACAGUGUGGAAGGGAUGGUCAACUAUGUUCCCCACACAGGAGUGUACCAUCCUCGAAAACCGGGCAAGAUUCGUGUCGUUUUCGAUUGCUCGGCAAAAUGUAAUGGCAUCUCCCUCAAUGACCAUCUUCUUCAAGGCCCGGACCUUACUAAUGAACUUCUCGGCGUCCUAUGUCGCUUCAGGCAAGAUGAUGUCGCUUUCAUGGCCGACAUCAAAAGCAUGUUCCACCAAUUCUACGUUACUGAGAAGCAUCGAGAUCUUCUUCGCUUUCUCUGGUGGGAAGACGGCAAUCCAAAUUCCAACGUGAUCGAAUAUCGGAUGAAGGUGCAUCUGUUCGGAGCAACAAGCUCACCAGGCUGUGCCAACUUUGGUCUCAAGAGGGCAGCAGAUGACGGUGAAGAGGAAUUUGGGAGUGAAGCCGCCAACUACAUUCGUAAGGAGUUCUACGUAGACGAUGGACUUAAGUCGGUAUCGACAUCGGAAGAAGCUGUUGCACUGCUGAAGUCAGCACAAGGGAUCUGUGAAAAAGCAGGGCUUCGACUUCACAAAAUUAUGUCGAACAAGAAGGAAGUUCUGCAAAAAUUCACAACAGACGACAUGUCCAAGGGCUUGGCUGAUCUGAACCUCGAUAUCGAUCCUCUACCUCUGGAGCGUGCUCUUGGUGUAGUCUGGUGUGUUGAGAGCGACAGUCUCCAAUUUCGCAUCGAGCUCAAUGAUCGACCCCUUACCAGGAGAGGUGUCUUGUCAACUGUCUGCUCUAUAUAUGACCCUAAUGGCUUCGCUAGUCCAGUGACUCUACGUGGCAAGCAGAUCUUGCAGAGUUUAUGCCGAAGCAAAAUCGACUGGGAUAGCCCAAUUCCAGAAGACAUCAGACCACAGUGGGAGAAAUGGAGAAUGGAGAUAAGCGAACUGGAAAACUUAAAGAUUCCACGCUGCUACAAGCCCCAGAACUUCGGUUCAGUCAAGCAUGCUGAAUUACACCAUUUCUCCGACGCCAGUCAAAAUGGUUAUGGUCAGUGCUCAUACCUUCGACUUGUGAAUGAAGAAGGUGAAGUAUCGUGUUCUCUUGUCAUCGCUAAGUCUAGAGUGACCCCUCUCAAGCACCAAACCAUUCCAAGACUCGAAUUAGCUGCUGCUGUUAUCUCGGCCAAGAUGAGUGCGUUUCUUCGCAAAGAACUGACAUAUCAUGAGAUUCGUGAAUACUUCUGGACAGACAGCAAAAUCGUGUUGGGGUACAUCAGCAACGAGUCCAGAAGGUUUCAUGUAUAUGUACCCAAUCGAGUGCAACAAAUACGCAACGUAUCUGAUCCUGCGUCUUGGUACUACGUAGACACUUCAACCAAUCCAGCAGAUGAUGCUUCUCGAGGACUCACAGCAAAAGAGUUGUUGGAGAGCAGCACUUGGCAAGCAGGUCCAGGUUUCCUGCAUGAGAAAGGACUGUUUCAUCCAGCAAUGAAUAAGUCAACAAGGGAUUCUGCAUACAAUCUUCGCCGUAUACAGGAAAGUAAGAAAUUGGACACGAAAAAGAAAUCAAAACUGAGCCAGAAACCAGAAAACAUGGCCGCCGCACCAAGCACUGAACAAGCACCGAACGCGAGUACGACCACUAGCGAUACGGCCCCGGAACAGCGUGCCGCGGCAAAUGACUCCACCUCUACCAUCGACCUGAGUGGCGCCAGUGGAGCCAGCGAAUCCAUACUAGUCGAAGGGGGCUCUGAUAGAGUACUUACCUGCAUAGCUGAAUUGAGGAAAGAGAUUAAGGAUAUGUUUGCCAGCAAUUCGCAACUCAUCAAUGGAAAACUAGAUUCUGUCAUCGGUGAAUUAAACGGAAUUAAAGCCGAUUUAACGCAGACAAAAAAGGACAUUUCAGAUCUGGAAGCGAGUAUUAAUUUUACAGACAACAGAAUCGCCGCGAUUGAGAUGAAUGAGAUUCCAUCACUAAAAAAAGAAAUUAAAAGAAACGAAGACGAAAUUGAGGAGAAGCUGAUUCAAAUGGAAAUUCAUCAAAGGAAGCAGAACUUAUUAGUAUAUGGAUUGCCAGACAAACAAAAUGAGGAUAUUAUUGCUACCACCCGUGACUUGUUGGCUAACUUCUUGAAAAUCACCCCCGAUACUGCCGCUAGGAUCCCCAUUGUCAACGCUCAUCGUUUGCCUGGUUCGACUCAGCGCAGCAAACACCCCGAGAGUCAACGAAAUGGCGAACCCUGCCCCAUCAUAAUUCGCUUCGCUUCGAUGCUGGACCGGGACCGCCUUCUACGUGCGUAUGAGUUUCAGCCGCGUCAGCAGCAGACAGAUCCUGCAGCCAGAGAGACCUGCAACCCGGAGUAUGCCCGCGUGUCUAUUCGUACCGAUCUACCGCAGAAACUUAAGCGGGAAAGGGGACGACUCGCUACUAUUGCAUACAAGCUUCGCCACGAGGAACAUGUUUCAACGAGGAUAAAAUUGAUCGGAUCCAAAAUUACCCUGCAAACGCGGAAACGCGGUCGUGACGGUUCUCCGAGUACUGCCUGGACCACCUGGACAGCGUAG